AUGUCUAUCUACAAGUUAUCUAAUCUAUUACUAUCACAGAUAAUAACAGAUAUAGAAGAUAAUGGAGAUAUAAUAUGUUUGUUGGUAACUUGUAAACAUUUAUUCAAUAAUAGUAGUUUAAAGAGAUCGAUUCAGUUUAAAGGAAUAGGUACAAGAUUGAUAGAUACAGAUAAAAGAGAUAUAUCAAUACGGUUUAUAGCAACAGUUAAUCAAUUCAACAUAAACUCUUUUAGAGAUAUACUAAAGAAUAGUAUGUCGUAUCAACACGUUAUUGUACCUGACAAACUCGAUCAAAGUACUUGUUACAAACACUAUCCAGAUUGGGUACUAGAUUGUAUAAGUGCAGAGAAUAGAGUAGAUAAAAGUAACAUUACAACAGCAGUGGUGAAUGAUUAUGAUACACCAGCAUUAAAGUUUAUCGACGAGAUACCAUCAAUCGAGACAGUCAUCAUCAACCAAACAUACUCUGAUACAGUGGUAGAUCUUGGUUCUAUCAAUCGCUUGCCCAAUCUUCGACACCUAUCAAUUUGUGCAGACGAAUUUAUUCCACUUGGUCAACACACAUCACUCAAGUCUUUGAUCUUAGAUAUCGGCACCUCAACCUACUCGUUAGGUGAAUUGGAGUUUACCAAAUUCGAGUCACUGUCCAAACUUGUCAUAGAUACUCAUUUUAUAUCUGACGUUGAAGCUGGUCUACUACCCAUCAGUCUAACAUCGCUUACUCUAAAGAUAGGAGAGAUACCUCCACAAAACAUGUUCACUUCAUUGACCUCACUAGUCGACCUCUAUUUAAGUAUCAAAACUGGGCAAGUUCAAAGACCAUGCACGAUCGAUCUAUCGAAUCUACUCAAUCUCAAGACACUAGAGUUGGAUGAUACUAGUAUAUCUGAAUACUUGAUGGAGGUGAGAGUACCUCUUUCACUCAAGUCAAUAGUUAUUUGGACUGCAUUUAUACAAAUCCCAUUAGAGUGUCCUAUGCCAUUUUUGGAGAGACUGUAUAUACCUCUGAGCCUCUUGGUUGAUGGAAAGGUUAGUCUACUGUCAUCACAAUCAAUCAAGAAACUUAUUAUUUGUCAUUGCUAUGACAUAAUACCAACCAAUAUCAUCCCACCCAGUCUCGAAAAGCUUACAAUCUAUAAACACUCUGAAGAAGAUAUAAUUGGUCAAGUUGUAUUCCCACCAACACUCACUCAUCUAACUAUAUUGGGAACCUACGAUAGCGAGUCUGCCCAACCGUCACCAGAAUCACUCAUCAAACUCAAACAAAAGACCAAUCAAUCUUUUACAUCUCUUCCUCGUCAUUUGAAAAAAUUGGUAUUGGCAACAGACAUGAAUGAUUCCAAUUUUAAGUUUCCAUCCUCCUAUCCACCUCAUCUUGAAACACUCAACCUAUUAGAUAUUGAAGGUGACUUUAUGAUUGAUAUACCAUCAUCAAUCAAAGAUUUAUCAAUUCCAAUCAAUCCUAUCAAGUUUCUCAAUGAUAUUUCAAUCUAUUCAAUCAGUUCAAGGAUUAAAUCUACCGACGACUCUUCCCAUCAACAACUAUGGCUACCAUAUAAUACAAUUCAUUUGACUUGUCUCUUAUUGAACACCAAACGCAACAAGGUGGAUUUUAGAUUAGAUGAAGUAAUCAAUCACACCAAUGUCAGAUAUUUAUCUCUAUCUCUUUUCAGUGAAACUUUUCAAUUUUCAAUUCAAAGAUUGGAUCCUGAUAAGAACAAUGUAUUGGUGUUGGAAAGACAUACACUUCAAGGUGGAAUAAUCACUCAACGUAAAACAAUCAACCAACAACAACAAUAUGAUCCGAUUUAUUUACAUUUACAUAUCAACUCUUCAUCACCAUUUGCCUUAAAUUGGAGUUUUGAAAACCAAAGAAAAUUAAUAAAAUUUUUAGUUUAA